GAAUCAGCAGUUGAACUGCGAUCAACGAAGCGCGCUCGUCACAGCGAAGACCGGCUAUAAGUUAGCCAGCAGCGUGCCGACGAUGGUCCCGUUGGGCCCCGAUUUAUAACUUUUAAUCAAACCCGUGGUCAUCGGCACCAACAUAUCGCGACAGCUUAUCCGUAUCUGUUCAGACAUCUACUUGCGGCCACCAUCAGACGCACGAUCACUAUGUCCGAGUGAUAUUUAUGAUUAGUAUAGUGGAUCUAUGAUAAUGGAUUGCGCCAACGGCUCUCUUCACGACAUGGAAGAAAGUAUAGUGAAGCCUACAGUUGUUGCGAAUGAUAAACUGCCCGAAGAUCGUCGUGCAGACCUUCCUUACAUUCGUCGGAACGCUGUUAUCACACGGUCGAAAGAAGCCCUGCAAAAAUUUGAUCCCAACGAGGACCGGAAAUCUUCUGCAGCCAAUGAAACGACGGCAGUCGGUGACGAUAUUCUGCGAAGCAUAUCGGUUGAAAAGAUACGGGAUCUGAUGCAGCAAAUGGAAAGUGAUGUUAUGGAACAAGUCGGCAAUCAAAUCAAACUGAUAAUGUCCGGAGUUUUGCAGCAAUUGGAGGAAAUGCAGCCUGGAAAACAGACGGACGAUUUAUUUCAGGAAACAACAAAAUAUAGUAACAGGCAAAAAUCGUUAAAGGAUGGAUCCCUACCGGAGAAGAAAUUUUUAAUGAGGAAUUCUUUACUCACAGACUUAUUUAAAAUCAAACAUAUAAAAACAAUUUAUCACAUAUUUAUAGUUAUUCUAAUUAUUCUCUUCAUAAACACUGCGGUCUAUGACAUCGUGGAUACCGGUUCAACUAAUUUUGGCAUAUCCACGAUAAUGAUGGCCUUUGGCAAAUUUAAUAAAGUACUAUGGAUAUGGUGCGGCAUGCUGGCUUCGACGUUUGGAGUUUACGUCGCUUUCAGUGUCUGGGCUCAUCAACGGAUUCACAUUGCGCCAAAAUCUAUUCAAUUAAAGAUUUGGGAUUAUAGCUGGUUGAUCGCUUUAAUCGUCUAUCAAAUUUUAUUUAUCAUAUUCCCAGCAAACUCAUUGCUUACAGAAGAUCUGCCUCCAGCAUCUAGUGUUGCUGUACUAAUGGAACAGGUUCGUUUAGUUAUGAAAACGCACGCGUUUGUGAGAAGUGCGGCACCCCGUACUUUAAACUACAAACCACACACGGAACAGACAAUCGCAUCAACCUGUCCCGGAUUUACAAAGUUUUUGUACUACUUAUUUUGUCCGACGUUGAUAUAUCGGGACGAUUAUCCACGAACGAAAGUAAUUCGAUGGCGAGUCGUGGUUUGGAGUUACACGGAAGUCAUAUUGGUCGUGUUCUACAUGGCAUUUAUAUUCGAACGUCUUUUGAUACCAGUUUUUAGGCAAUUCGGCGCCAGUCCACUCGAGCCGCGAGCGUUAGUGCUUAGCGUGUUUGGAACGAUGAUGCCAGGAACAUUGGCCUUUCUUUGCGGUUUUUAUUGCUUACUUCAUUCCUGGAUGAACGCCUCUGCAGAACUACUGCGAUUUGCAGACAGAAUGUUCUACAAGGACUGGUGGAACUCAACGUCGUACGACGCGUAUUACCGUACUUGGAAUGUUGUAGUGCACGACUGGCUGUACACAUACAUAUACAAAGAUAUUUAUGAAAUAAUUGCUCCGCGAAACAAGAUGCUUUCAACAUUUAUGGUUUUUUCAGUAUCCGCAAUUUUCCACGAAUACAUAUUAGCAUUUGCGUUCAGAUUCUUUUACCCGGUGCUGUUAGUAAUGUUCGGUGGUAUCGGUUUAAUAUUAGUAUUUCUGACCCGAAAAAACGAACAAGCAGGGGGUAACGUUUUUAUGUGGCUAACGUUGUGCAUGGGCACCGGAAUGAUACUGAGUUUAUAUUCAAUGGAAUAUUACGCUAGGAUUAAUUGUCCGCCUUACAAAGACGAGUUUUUGGAUUUAUUUAUACCGAGAAGUUGGACUUGUCACCGUUUAUCUAAUUCUUAAUUUUCUGAGCGUUGAGAUGUUUAAUAGAAAUAUUCAAAUAUGAAGUAUGGUCAUAGCUGAUCAGAAUCUGAGAAAAAUGCUGCUGCUAUCGCUUUAGAUAUAAUACAAUUAUAUCUAUAAUAUAAGUUCUAGAAAGUGAAAUUUUCUCCAGAAACAAUAACUACGUCGUAAUUGAUAGUUCUUAAUGGAUUUAUCUAUAAUUGCAUUUGAUCUCCUCUUUUUUUUUUAAUAUAUAUCAAUUGGUUUUAGUUGUACGCUUCACGAAAUUGUAAAGACUGUUAUACCCAAGCUGCAUGAAGCAAUGUAUAGAUAUACAGAACGGGAGUAGCACAUCUGAUAGAACAAAUUUAUAGUGUAUAUGAAUGGCUAUGUUACUGGACAUAUAUUUGCAAUAAUCAUAAUUGGCAUAUCUCUCUCUCUCUCUCCUUCACUCUCUCGCUGUUUCAUUUUUCCGUAGUAUUUUUUUUUAAAGCCGAUGUAGUUAGUAAUUAUAUGUAUAGGUUUGUAAGUAUAGAUUUCUACAAAAAAAUUAACAUAACAAAUUGUAAGGUACAAAAGCUAUUGUAUUUUACAAAUAAAUCUAUCAAAAUGUAA